GCGGCUUCUCAUCGACAUGCUGGAAACGGCGUAGGAUGGAACCUGCUUAGUCGCCCCACUUAAUCACUAGCAUUGAGGGCGUAUUCCCUGAUUCGUGGAAUCUCGUCUUCAUGCCAUUCGAACAUUCCAUUGAUUGGCCCCGUCCGUACAUGAGAGAACUCGGCAGUUUAUCGGGACCUUGUCGAUCCGUAUGCUCCUCCGAAUGGCCAGACAGCUAUAGCACACCUCAAGGAGCAUAGUACGUGGAUCUCGACACAUCUCCACUGAUUUCUCUCCUAGUGUGUCGACUCUAGUUCUAUCCUGCACAAACUCUCCUCUAAAAGGAACUGCGAAUGGUAUCACAGAAAAUCAUGGCUGUGCUCUGCGCCCGACGCGGAAAAAGGCGCUAAGCCCGUAUUAUCCGCAAACCAGUUACGAUAUGGUCGCAUCUGCCGCGACUCACUCGAGGCCGAGGGAUAUGAUAGAAGUUGGAAGACUCUUUAAGGGCACUCAAAUCCUCGUGACACGAUAACUAUCACGUGGUGAGGAUGACACUGGAUAAAUUGUCAGCCUUACGUCUUACACGCAUAUCAUAAAUCUCUCGAUCAAACUCUCGCUCACAAACGAAAUAGGAAAUAGACAUCUCACAGCCAAAAUGUCCAAGUCACAGUACCGAGAUGGCGAGGAUGACAUCCCCUCGUACGAAGAAAGCGUCCGAUCGUCCACCGCACAGAGACCACCCUACAACAUGAGACCCGACGUAACAGCACCACUCCAUCGCCAUCUAGAUGCGAGUCGCGUCCAGCGUGUGCAUUCUCUCCUCGAGCAAUAUGUCGAUCCACUUCUUGCUGAGCAAGGGUCGUCGGGGCUGUACCAAACCACGUUCAUUUUCAUUCCCUCCAAUGUCACAUCUCUACACCCCAGAGAAAAGAGUAGCUACUCCACGCCUAAAGCGCCAGAGCCGGUCGGAUUUCCUACCUCGACAGUGGUCAAGCUUGUUCAGCUGGAGGGUGAGGCACAUACGAUGGAGUUCUGGAGGCAGCCGGCCGUGUUGCGGGAAUUGGAGUCCUCGCUUCGAGCUAGGCUUGCGGCGAGUGGCCAUCAUGUUGAGGGCCAGGAAGGAGUUCCCACGUCUGCUAAAGAAACCGAAUCGCUAAAGUCGAAUAACGACAAUAAGCCUAAACAGAAGAAGUCGCUCUGGGGUAGACUGACAGGCAACUCUGAGGCUGUUAUUGUGGACCGGAAGCUGGGUUGGCGUGCCGACGACGGAGAGACUCCCGGUCGCAAAUUGCCCAGGGACCAGGUCAGAGUUAUCGUGGAGUGGAAGGAGGUUUGUCUGCGCGUGGAGAAUGACCUGGGUCUAUACGAUAAUUGCAACGCACCGGGAAUUUGUCUCUCUGUGGAGGUCGGGGAGUAGGUGUUUGUUGCACAACUGCGUCUGCGGGAGCUAUUAUGGACCCGGGAAGCGGCAUACGGACAAGUGUCGAGAUACCUGCACUCAUGCGCCUUUAGUCUUAUUGUAUAUACAAAAUCCUAAUACAGCUUGAGGCGGCUUCAUAGGUCCGGCAAAUGCUUUGCACGUGUACUGUAAACACGACCUAGUUCAUUCCUAUA